GCAUUUUUAAUUUGUUACUUCUCUUCUCUCUAUUACAGAACUCCGUCUUCUCACUCUCUCUCUCUCUCUCCUUUCUCUACUUCACUUUCUCUCUCUUCCCAUACAAACAUUUUUCCAAUGAUGUAUAUAUAGAUUCACUAAUUCAUUGGAAUUUCUGGAGUUUUAAUGAAAAUGGUUAUGGUUAAUGAAGUGAUUAGUUUAUGUGAUUUCUCAACUUCUAAGGAGUUUUGAAUAAGUGGAUCUGCUAAAGCAACUCUAGCUGUUGGAUUUUUUUCCGCUGAUUUCUGUUGACUGAAGCAUGUGCACUGGCCCAGAGAGACCCAAUUCGAGUGCAUCUACCAACCAAUCCACUUCUGAUUCUACAUCUAAUAUGAAGGGUAUUACUAAACUCACAGUUGAGACUGAGGAUUCUUUUUCGAGUUUGCUUGAACUUGCUUCCAACAACGAUGUUGAAGGUUUUAAAAGAUCUGUUGAGCUUGAUGCUUCUGCUAUUGAUGAGGUGGGGCUAUGGUUAGUUCGCAAGAAAGGUGCAAAGCAGAUUGUUAAUGAGGAAAGGACUCCUUUAAUGGUAGCGGCUACAUACGGAAGUUUAGAUGUUUUGAAGUUGCUUAUCUCUAAUCCUGUGGUUGAUGUUAACCGUGCUUGUGGACCAGACAAGUGCACUGCUCUCCACUGUGCAACAUCUGGUGGUUCUGUCAAUGUUGUUGGUGCAGUUAAGUUGCUGCUGUCAGCUGGCGCCGAUCCUAAUGUUGAGGAUGCUAAUGGCCAGCGGCCAGCUGAUGUGGUUGUUGUUCCUCCAAAGCUUCCUGGUGCUAGAGCUUCUCUUGAAGAACUGCUUCUGAACAAUUCAUCUGAUGGCUCAGUUGGUGAGUGCAAAUUGAGAGUAUCUGUCGCUACUUCAAAUGGAUCCUCUCCUAUUCUUUCCUCAUCACCAGAUAAUGGAUCUCCUUAUUCACCAUCGGAUUUAUUGUCUUCCCCUAUGGCACUGAAGUUCAGUGAUAUUCCUCCUAAUUCUGCACCGGAGAAAAAAGAAUAUCCAAUAGAUCCGUCUCUCCCUGAUAUCAAGAACAGUAUAUAUUCGACGGAUGAGUUCCGCAUGUUCUCUUUUAAGGUCCGGCCUUGUUCUAGGGCCUACUCACAUGACUGGACAGAGUGCCCUUUCGUCCACCCUGGAGAGAAUGCUCGCAGAAGAGAUCCAAGGAAGUAUCACUAUAGCUGUGUGCCUUGUCCUGAAUUUCGCAAGGGUGCAUGCCGGCGCGGUGAUAUGUGUGAAUAUGCUCAUGGCGUGUUUGAGUGCUGGCUACACCCUGCUCAGUAUCGGACCCGCCUGUGCAAGGAUGGUACAAGUUGUGCUAGGCGAGUCUGCUUUUUCGCCCAUACUACUGAGGAGCUUAGGCCCUUGUAUGUCUCUACUGGAUCUGCAGUUCCGUCUCCUAGGUCAGCUGCUUCUGCUGCUUGUGUGAUGGACAUGGCUGCAGCGCUGAACCUUUUUCCUGGUUCGCCCUCGGCACACUCUGUGAUGUCUCCUUCUGCAUUUAACCAACCCAUGUCCCCAACUGCCAAUGGAAUGUCUCAUUCAUCUGCACCGUGGCCUCAACCAAAUGUACCGACUCUCCAUCUACCUGGAAGCAAUCUGCAGUCUAGCCGCCUGAGGUCUUCCCUUAGUGCACGCGACAUUCCGCCUGACGAUUUUAAUAUGUUGCAGGAUUUUGAUGCCCAGCAACUAGUUCUCAAUGACAUGGCUUGUUAUUCACAGCCGCGUCCUAAUUCUGCCUCUUUGAACCGAUCUGGCCGGUCCAAGACACUAACUCCUUCAAAUCUUGACGAGCUAUUUUCUGCCGAGAUGAACUCUUCUCCGCGAUAUUCUGAUCAGGCAGCUGCUUCUGGUGUUUUUUCCCCAUCACACAAGUCGGCUUACUUUAAUCAGUUCCAACAACAGCAGAGCAUGCUUUCGCCAAUUAAUACUAAUGUUUUUUCUCCGAAAAACAUUGAGCAUCCCCUUUUGCAGGCUUCUUUUGGUGUUUCCUCACCUGGAAGGAUGUCCCCGAGAAGCAUGGAGCCCAUCUCUCCCAUGAGCGCUCGCCUUUCAGCAUUUGCUCAGCGUGAGAAGCAGCAGCAACAGCUGCGAAGCCUCAGCUCGCGUGAUCUUGGAUCCAAUAAUGCCUCAGUUGGAUCCCCAGUAGGUAAUUCUUGGUCGAAUUGGGGGUCUCCCGGUGGAAAGGUUGACUGGUCUGUCAACGGAAGUGGACUUGGACAUCUGCGCAGAUCAUCUUCUUUUGAGCAGCUCAACAAUGGAGAGGAGCCUGACCUAUCAUGGGUGCAAUCUCUCGUCAAGGAAUCCCCAACCGAGAUGAAAGAGAAGCAGGCCGCUCCUAUUUCAGGUGCUGCACCAUCUGGUGAGAGUUUGAAAAACAGUUCCCAAAUUGAUUCAGUUGAUCAUUCAGUUUUAGGAGCUUGGCUUGAGCAGAUGCAACUUGAUCAGCUUGUAGCCUAGCGAGAUUUAAGACUAUUAAUUCAUUUUCGCGUUUAGCCAAACAAAUCAAAUUCAUAGGGUAGUAUAUAUUAUUUUGGGGUACCAACUUUUUGUUGAUGGAGGUGGAAGUCUGGGAAAAGCAGGUAACGGAUCUAGGCGGAAGGCAAGCAUAACUUUCCAAAAUGUUUCUAUUCAAUUCUAAUCGUUUAUUUGUUUACAGGAAGAGUUGUCUGGGCUGUGUGUAUUAAAGAAAACCCAGUCCAGGUUUGUUGAGUCCAUCCUUGUAUUUUUCCAUAAUCCUAGGACUAUUUUUUAUUACUCCCAAAUGAAACUAUAUAUCCUUGUAGUUUUAUUUCCCGGUUUCUUUACUGCUUAUUGCUCCUGAACCAAACACCAUUAACAUUUUUAAUGUCCCUAGCUCUGAUUAUCUGGUGUUUGUCAAGGAUUGAUAUUUCCUGGCCUUUGAUGAUGUAAAACACAGCAAGAAUGUUUGCUAUUUACUAUUUUUCAUUUUAAUAAAGUACUCUUCUAUUA